AUGUCCGCACAACAAGGCAAUCCCAGUGGGCAGGAUCUGCCCCUGAUCAAUAUCAAGCCAUUGUUGUCCAAGCUUUGGCCCAUCCAUGCAGAGGUAUCCAGUGAUGAGAUUGCCGAUGCCAUCUCGCACUUCUUCACCAACCAGGUCAGCGAGGCCCAGACCGCCUCGCUACUAAUGGCGCUUCACUUUACCCAGCUGGACUUCAAGGCAGAGGUUCUGGCCAAAUGCGCAGCGUCGAUGCGCAAGGCAGCCGAGCCCAUUGACUCGCAGACUCUCCGGGCUGUGAUUGAGAAACGUGGGAGAAAGGAGGGACAAUACAAUGGUGGCUUGUGUGACAUUGUUGGCACCGGAGGAGACUCCCACAACACGUUCAACAUCAGCACCACGGCCUCCAUCAUCGCCUCAUCCCUGCUCUUCAUCUCCAAGCACGGAAACAAGGCCAGCACAUCAAAGUCGGGCAGCGCCGACCUGGUCAACCAGAUGCAGCCCCGCCCCCCGGUCCUGAGCGCCGUGUCGCCGGCGAACAUCCAGAGGGUGUAUUCGGAGACCAACUACGCCUUUCUCUUCGCGCCCCUCUUCCACACCGGCAUGCGGUACGUCGCCCCCAUCCGCCGGCAGCUCCCCUGGAGGACCAUCUUCAACAACAUCGGGCCCCUCUCCAAUCCCGUCGAGGACCUGCUCGAGGCCCGCGUCAUCGGCGUCGCCAGGAGGGACCUCGGCCCCGCCUUCGCCGAGGCCCUCCAGAUCGCCGGCAGCAGGAAGGCCCUCGUCGUGUGCGGCGAGGAGGAGCUCGACGAGGUCAGCUGCGCCGGCCGCACCAACUGCUGGAUGGUCAAGGACAAGACCCCCGGCGGCGAGACAUUCAUCGAGCACUUCCAGAUACAGCCCAGUGAUUUCGGCCUCAGCACCCACGCGCUCGACGAGGUCUCGGGCGGGAAGGAGCCGGAGGAGAAUGCGCAGAUCCUGCGGCGCAUCUUGAACAACGAGUUCCCUGACGAUGACCCCCUGCUAGAGUUUGUGCUCAUCAACGUGUCCACCCUGUUCGUGGCCUCUGGGAUCUGCGAGGCGGACACGAGCAACAUGGGUCCCGGCGAUGAUGGAAAUGUCAUCCAGGAGCGCGGUCCAGGCGGCCAGCGCUGGAAGGAGGGCGUGAGACGUGCCCGCUGGGCUCUCAAGAGUGGUGAGGCUUGGAAGCAGUGGGAGGCCUUCGUCAAUGUGACCAACGAGAUUGGCGCAGCCUGA